AUGGGCGACCUCAACGUCUUACCUCUUCUCCUCACCUUCCUCCACCUUAGCCUCUCGCUGGGUGACCAUCCCACCAUCGAAGAGCAGGAGCUCAUUGCGCAUGAAUUGGUCAACCCCUUUACGCCCUACUUCCGCGACCCCAAAUACCAGGGAAAACGAAGUGAGCUCAUUUGCUUAGCACAAGACGCAAUAUUCGACAACUACAAAAAACUGAAAACUAAAUUCACUCGGAACUGUAGCCACAUCCUCGGGAAUCUGUUCAUAUCUGAAAUCGGUCCUGACCAUGAUGUUGAUUUUCUCAACACAAUAGAAGAGGUCUCUGGUUAUGUGUUUAUCCACCGUGUAACGAAAACGCAUUUCAGUUUGCCUAACCUACGUCUUAUUCGAGGAGAGGAAGCAGUUCAGAUAAGAGGCCAGAACUUUUCCCUGCUUGUCACGGAAACCUAUUCAUCGAAAGACAAAUUCUUAAUAGAAAUUGCAUUUCCUUCUCUUGAAGGUCUCAGAGCAUUUAAAAUCAGCUACCCAAGUAAUGCAAGCUUACAUUCAACCCUAGCCAUUUUAACGCACGGCGUUGGCUUCUUUGACAAUCCCGGACUCUGCUACGCGCCAUUUUCGGUGAACUGGGACGACAUUCUCGAGUAUCCUGAAUUGCAGCCCGUGGUGCUGGUGCCCACCAGCGACCCUUCCGCCACCGCGGACUGGAGUGCAGCUUGUGAAAGUCGAUUUAAUGCGGCCUCAGGGACGACCCUGACAAGUGCUCCUUAUUUUACCACACCGAGUGGUCACCAGGUUGAUAAUAAUGGACUCCAGACUGAGAACGACGCUCUUCCAUAUCAAAAUGUUAGUAGUCAACAGGAAAUCCGCCAAGUUACCAGUGUGGGAGAGGUUACGGAGCCGAUACUCUUAUCGACGUGGAUAGAUACAUCAACAAGUGGCCCGACAACUUCUACCGGAAUCACGAUUGCUGGGAUGCAUCAAAACUUGGACUCAGAAGUGGAGCAGAACGGAGAAACACCAAGCAGGGCCAGUGGGGUAGACAAAAAUUCAAUCGAUUUAACGAUUGAUAACGAAGAACGUCGUAAUAUGAGCAUCAAUGGGAGCGCUGUCAGCGAAAAUACUGGCAUCGUUAGUUCCUCAAACGGGACGCCAAAUUUCAUGGAAAAGGCCACCGUUAACGAACCAGCUGAAACCAAACAGCUGAAAACGGAUGUGCAGCCAUCGAACGACACUGCUGCCAGCAUGAUCAAGGAGGGCUCAAAUACAACCGGAGCUUUAAGACAUUUGGUGGAAUUUAUAAAGGAAGAUAUUGCGCUUGCUUCGACCAAAAACUCCGUCCAAGUUGAGACGCGGUUAAAUUGGAAAUGCGAUGAUGCCUGCCCCGUACACAACGGAAAGUCGUUUUGUUGGGGUCCCUCAGCAAAUCAAUGUCAGACACUAAGAAAGUGCCAAACACGCGUCUGUAGGGGACCUAACAGGUGCGUCACCGAAGGAGAGAUUGAGGAGUGCUGUCAUGAAGAAUGCGCCGGAGGUUGCAGUGGCACUCGAGCCAGUGAAUGCAUGGCCUGCAGGCGGUACUCACAGGACGGCAAUUGUGUGGCCGCCUGUCUACCUACGCGCUAUUACAACAUCCACACUUCUUCCUGGGAACCCAAUCCAAAUGGCAAGGUUUCCUUGGGGCAUGUCUGCGUUGCAUCGUGUCCAGAUGGGUUCCUUCGAGACCGUGACCACUGCGUGCUUAAGUGCUCGCGUCCCGGAACCCAGAAGGCCGGCAAAGUUUGCGUGCAGUGUCCAAAAACUGGCUGCCCAAAAGUGUGCUCCGCAAAGCAGCUCCAGGCACCGACGAUCGAUUUUCUCUACAAAAGUCUUCUGCACAAGAUGGAAAACUGUACCUCGUGGGAGGGAAGCUUGAUCCUAAAACGGCAGUCGUUCGAGGGUGAUGCAUUUAAUAAUUUGACGAAGGAGAAGGAAUCUGUGAACUUUGCGGACUUGAAGAGGGGUCUUGGCAACCUCGUGGAGAUAACUGGCGGCCUUUACAUUGGAACCGACAACUGGGCCCAUUGGCUGAGGAACCUCACCUUCCUGUCGAAGUUGCGUCGGAUUGGUGGAGAGACGCAGAGAGGUUAUGAAUCGCCUUUGAGCAUAAUCCACAACAGACACCUUGAAUAUCUGGGUCUCUCUUCUCUGACGUUUGUUGGGGUCCGCAAAGGUGGUAUUCACAUCGCCUACAACCCCAAGCUGUGUUUCGUCGACACCAUCAAUUGGCAGCAGCUCAUGUGGUCGCCGGCAGCCCUGCGCACGCGAAUGGUCAGGCGCCAGCGCCAGGUCGCCUUCCCCGUUACCUUCCCAAAUCGACCGACAGUCGAUUGUGUCGCUGAGGGCCAACAAUGCGACGCCAGCGUCUGCGCACUUGCCGACGGCUGCUGGGGUCCUGGCCCGGAAAACUGCUUCACUUGCGCCCACUGGUACAUCCAGGACCGCGGUGAACCCAACCGAUGCGUGCGAAAUUGUUCGCUAAUUGACGGCGGCUACUAUCCAGUUGUGGUGACCAAGAUCACCGGUGCCAACACAACCACGGAGAGACGGCUAUGCGCCAGGUGCCAUACAGAAUGCGGAUCGGCGGCAGGGGCGUGCUACGGUCCUGGCGCUGACCAAUGCAACCACGGCUGUGCUCAUGUGAAGGACGGAGACUUCUGCCGACCCCAAUGUCCCAUAACAAAGUACCCGGACAAAAAUAACACGUGUCAGGAGUGUGCGACUGCCUGUUCUUCGUAUGCACAAACCUCUGUCAGUGAUGUGGAGCCGACGAACGGAAGUGAAGUGUGCACAGGUCCCGGCGACUGGUUCGGUCAGGGAGGCUGCUCGCACUGCCUUCAAGUUAUUGCCACCGCGACAGUGGAGUCCGAAAAUUCAUCAGGGCUGCCAUGCCUCACUGCCUACCAGGCCUGUCCCAGUGGCACAUUCUUGUACCUCAUCGGUGUGCCAAGGAAUGGUCAGGGCAGCGCGCAGACGAGAAUCGCGUCAGACAGCUCGCUGGUGUCGCUGCCGGCGGCGGUGAAGACGCGCUUGGCGGAGUGGCUGGCGUCGCACCAGCGCGGCGGCGGUGGCGCGGUCACGGCGCGUGUCUGCGCGCCCUGCCACGCCGAGUGUCGCGACGGCUGCUCCGGCCCUUCGCCCAAUCAGUGCGUGCGGUGCCGCAGGGCCAAGUUCCAGGGACGGUGUGUGGCCGAAUGCCGAGAAGACACGUACAAGGUUUCCUUGAGAAACGAUGAGGUGAUUUGCCUCCCAUGUCACGUCGAGUGCAGUCAAGGCUGUCGGGGACCGUCUAACGCAGACUGCUUCGCCUGCCGACACUACAAACUCUAUCCGCACAAAAAUAGAACACAGUGGAUUUGUGUGGAGACUUGCCCUGCCGGGAGUGCCAUACACAUGGAGCGUGGUACAAACUCUACGGUGAUGGAAGCCGUGUGCCAUUCAACCGAGGAAUUCCCCAUCCUGCAACCAGAUUCCUCAGCACACCCUUCAGACCACUUCCUCUUUGGCGAUUGGACAGACGUGAUUAGUCCUCGCCUCCUCCACAACCUCUCGUGGGUCUCGACUGGUCUUCUUGCCUUUACUGGACUCCUCGCAUUAAUUCUCGGCCUUUGUUUUGCGUACGCGUGCGCGCGUAUUGUUGUUCGUGGAACGAAAAUGAGAAGCGGCCUUGGCGAAAGCCAAUCAAAGGAAAGUUUGUUGAUGCAGUGUGAUCGAUUUUGGAUGAAAGCCAUCUUAGUAGCGGAACCGCACUAUGAACAAACUGGAAAAAUGGCCAAACUUAGAAAAAAAAGGAACAGGGCUGCCUCACAUCUCAAAAGAACGACUAUCAACACAGGGGACGAGCGUGGUCCUGCGAUUUCCCCCAACUCGGAUACAAUGCCCGAUAUGGCGACGCUUCUUAUAAUUCCCGAAUGCCAACUCCAACUCGGAAGUCGUGUUGGUGGCGGAGCCUUCGGUUCGGUUUUUCGUGGCGUCUGGUUCAAGGGACCGCUGUCUCCCGGCUUCGCGAAAAAAGUCACCGAGCUGCUCGCCACGGUGGACUGCGCCAAGCCGCAAUUUGUCACUUCGGACUCGCUCGUAGAGGACACGACCUACGCGUGCACCGAGAGGGAGUACCUCACAGUGGAGGAGGAUACUUCCGUGGAUGAAAUGAAUUCUCCCGAGCAGCACUCAGCCCCGAGGCAGGAUUCACCGCGUCAGGAGUUUCAAUUCACGGAGUUGGUUGCCGAAACAGGUAAAACCGAAGGUGACAGCGAAAAAGAGGGUGAGGAGAGUCAAAUCGAAGGAGUUGAGAAACGAGUGGUUGCCAUUAAGGUGCUCAACGACGAAGCCGAUCCCAGCACCUGUAAAGCCCUGCUCGAAGAAGCUCGAGUGAGUAAUUUUGCAAGUGUUCCCAGCGGUGCUUGUUGUUUCGCACCAGCAAGAAUUCUGUGUCACCUCUUCCCCUCUAACCAUUGUCUACUAAACACAGAGAGUAUCAGCACAACCAACACCAGCACUAUCAAUCGAUCAAAAUUGUCCUCUGAAACACUGGCGAUCACGGCGACCUCGUCGUACCUCAACUAUUUUGGAAGGGAUAACGACGGUGUGCGAUACACCAGCCCACCCUCAGAUGACCGAUACGGCGUCAUGAUGGCCACAGUAACACGUCAGCAGCAGCCAACAGAGCCGCUUGAAUGCAUCUCUGAACAUAUUGAGAAUGAAGAUGAACAACGCCGUUGUAGGGAACUUGGAAGCUUCGACUCACCAGUCACCGCCGUUAAAACAUCAACGCUCGUUUUCGUCGAGGACUACCUGGAACCCAAACAGGAGACGCCUCGUCGUCAACACCAGUUUACCUGUCAAAGAAGCCCUCAGCCACCACUAUCGUCCCAGUCCCUCCACCCAACCGCCCUGGUUAACAGCACAGGGGCCGACUCGCGUGUAAAGAACGUCACUCUUGUCAAGUUUUAG